GAUAUUCUGUUUAAACAUGGCUUCAUAUAAUUCGCGGAGGUAAAUUUCUACCGCGGAAUUUAGCGCGAGUUAACCGCGAGGUUAUAGUCUUUAAUGUUUUAUCUAACAUCUUGAUAUUGUGUAUAUUCAUGCUUAUGCUGUUGAUAUAUGUGUAAAACGGACUUUCGUAGUAAUUAUUUGGCAGAGUAUGGGGGGAACAGUACCGUUUUGACUUACUGUGUUUAUAACUUGUAGUAGAGCAUUUUGUGUUUAGCUCACUGUAGGUCAGGCUAUUCAUAUUUCUCUGUAAAGCUAUGGAUGCUAAUUUCUUAUGUCAUUAUGCUUAGGAGUAAUUGUUUUCCUCUAUGUCAUUUCUAUUUCCCUUUCAGAACGACCACACACACACACACCCCACAAACUAAUUAAUGUCAUUAUUGAGUUCUUAUUAAUAAAUCCCCAAGAACCUUAUCUUCCACAUCUUCAAUUGUGCAUUCUUACCGAUGCCCCUCAGUGGCCACAACUUUCCGCAAAGAACAUAUCAUUCACCAAAACAUCCAUCAUAAGUAACCAGACAUCAUGACUGACCGAAAGGCCGUGAUCAAGAACGCUGACAUGACCGAGGACAUGCAGCAGGAUGCUGUGGAUUGUGCCACACAGGCCAUGGAGAAGUACAACAUCGAGAAAGACAUUGCAGCUUAUAUCAAAAAGGAGUUCGACAAGAAGUACAACCCCACGUGGCAUUGCAUCGUGGGAAGGAACUUCGGUAGCUACGUGACGCAUGAAACGAAGCACUUUAUCUACUUCUAUCUUGGUCAAGUAGCCAUCCUGCUCUUCAAAUCGGGCUGAGGAAGACUUUCAACUUUCCAUCGCACAAAUUCUGAGCUUAAGCUCCAAACCUGGACUGUGAUGCACUGAUGACUGAUGCCACAACACACAUGUGGGCACACACACAUGUAAACAUAACCAUACACUUGCUCACCCUGAGAAAAUAGUUAUGGAGGCUGUGCACAAGUGCAUGGACCAUGUACAAUAUUUAAUUUCUGUAUGUUGCUUUUCUGUAGUUGCUCUUGAGUUAAAGCAAUUUCUUUUUUUGUAGUGUAGAAUUUGUUUUUGCACUAAAAUUGUAUAAAAUGCUUUGCUGCCUUUAAGUAAUAAAGAACAAUACAUCCUCCAUUGA